UCAUAAAGGUGUGUAUGAUCUUGACUCAGUUGACACCUUCUAGCUUUGUAUCUCUUCUCUUAGGUUUCGAAAAUUCCUUUCAUUCAGGCUGAAUUUGGUGUUGGAUUGGAACCCUGACAACCCUAGGAAUGCAUACAUGUGUUGAGGGAAGUAAACGUCAGUUACCAUCAUGGAUGAUGCCGAAGGGUGGUGCCACUCCCACCCAUGUGAGUGACUCUGACAACGCUGUUGAAACUAAUUGCUCAAUGAACAAAGUAGACAACAUUGCAGCUUAUGCAACCAAGAAUGAUCACAAGAGCAGACCUUCCAGGAGGAAGUCAAACUUAACAGUCAAGUGUGAUGAUGGAAGCGGCAGUAGGGUUACUCAAAAGAAGAAAAAAAGUGCUAAGUCUAUUGAUAGAGAUCAGAGAUCUUCUACAAAGAAAAGAAAAAAAUUAGAGGAUCCUAGCCAUAGUUGUGAUGAUGUUUAUCAAGUUCAAGCAUCUAGUGAUGAUGCUGUGGACCUGACAGUUGAAGAUUUGUUGGCCAUAGCAGAACAGUGUGUCAACGAAUAUGAAAACAAGGAUCGAAAAGAAAUAUCAAGUAGACAGAGUGAAUCAAAAUGGGAAUUUCAAGUUACACAUGAAACAGGAAACACUCUUGAUGCCCCUUGUGAGAACAGAAAUCCAUCCAACUCUAGAAAGCAAGUUUUAUCUAAUUCUACAUCAAAAACUGGUGAAGUAAUUGAAACAAGCACCUCUCGAACAGGUGAUCCUGCUCAGGACAUGCUGAACCUGUUCUUGGGGCCCUUGCUAAGUAAAACUCUUGAGAAGGAGAAGAGCAAAUUUAUUGUUGAAAAUGCCAAGAUUACCCAUGAGUUCACUAGGCAAAGUCAAGAACUUGGUGGAGAAGAAGAAAGAGUCCCCUUAAUGAAGAAAAGAAGCACCUUGAAAGAUAAGGUGGCAAUGUUUCUUGAGCAAGAUUUGUAGAUUCGUCAAACCAAGCAUGUAUGUCAUGGCAAAACAACCAGUUAUUGUUCUUGCAUGACCUAUAAGAGUAGUUUCACACCUGUGAAUCAUUUGGUAAUGUAGUGUUAUCCUAGUUGGGCAAAGUCCUCUGUAAUGAUGUUAUUGUAUAUAGUUCAUUAUAAAUGUAAUGACCAUGCCGGGGGGAAUUUUAAAACUCGUCUUGAACUUCCGUUUGGGAUGUUACAUUGACAUAAGAAGAAAAAGGGUUAUGAGUGGCUACAAUUGUAUAUAGAAGGGUAAAUUAUGAUCAUAUCAUAUUAGAAGAGGUGCAAACAAGCAAAAUGUCUGAGCUCUUGUAUUCUCCAAUGAAGACUUUAUUUUUAA